AUGGCCGACCCCAUGAACAUCGAUUCAACAACAACCACCAUCAUGACCUCCAAAUUCCCCAUGCAGGCCCGCCAAGGCACAACAGUGCGAACUGGUUACAUGGGCACCAUUCAGUACAAACUCGAAGAGUUUGUGUACGAAGAAUACGACCCCAAGCUACACGAUAUCACGGGCGUCUUUCACGCGCAGCGGGUUGACACCAACAGUAACGAGGAAGUCGAGUGUACUGUCAAGGUUCGGAUGCAGUUGAAUCCCGCAUUAAUCGGUGGCCAAUUCACAUACCUCGAGUAUAUGCAGCGUUACUCGCCGUAUGAUAUCAAAGAAGAAAGUCGUAUUCUACGCGCCUGUGCGUUUUCCGGUCGAACUCCAAAGUUUCUAGAUAGUGCUUCUGAAGUUCAGGAUCAUACGGGUUUUUUUCCCGGUGGUUAUUUGCAUGUUCUUGCAACGAGCAAGUUGCCUGGGGUGCCGAUUUCUCGAUUUCUUCAGGGAGCAUGGAACUUGACGGAGAAUGAUUUGCAGGUUAUCAAACAGGAUCUUGUGAUAACCAUCAACCACAUUCGCAGCGUCGGCUACACGCUCACCUCCGAAGAAACCACCCUCACCCUCAACGCCGCAAACCAGCUCGUCGUCACCGAAAACCCCUUACUCAUCGACGAAAACCACAUCUGGUACGACCGCGCCAGCCAAACCGUCUCCUUUUUCGACCUGUCUCGCUUCUGCCACAGUAGCCGCCGCCCUUACCAACAACACUACGGCUACUAUAUUGCUAGCAACAGCAAUGAGUCGUCGCCGAGGACAGAGAAAGCGCUGAUGGGUUCUGAGCUUUGGAAGAGGCUUGUUGCUGCAAGUCAAGUUGCGCGUUUUGCUGCAGAUCAAAGAAGUUUUCAGUUGUGUUUGAGGAGCAGGGCAGAAGAACCGGCACCAGCAGCAGCUUUGAGAAAUAAUGAUGAUUGGCAGAUGGUGGGCGCGGCGGCCAAUUAG